AUGGAUAAUUGGAGAAAGAUUAGUAUUACACCUGUUUUAAAUGCGAAUGGUAAUAAUCAAUCACCUAAUAGAUCAUCUCCACAACAAAAUUCAACGGAUGAAGCAACAGAUUCAGUACCUAAACCAUUAAGAUAUCAAAUACCAGAUAAUGAUUUCUAUAGCUAUUUAAUAGGUACAUGGAAGAGAAAUUUAGAGUGGAAGGAAUUUGGUGGAUUGUUUCCACACAUCAGAACUAGUAAUACGGUGGUGAUGAUCGAGGAAUACAGAGGAUACGACAACGAUCCGAGUGCACGUCACUUGAAAUGGAGUUUCGGAAAGAGUCUAGAGAAGAGUGAACUGCGAUUCGGUUACUCAAUGAAGUGUGUACAGGCGCCAAAGAACACAGAGACCUACCUCGAGUGGACCUACAUCGGAACGGUUUGUCACGGUAAAUACCUACCGUCGACCAACGUCGCAGUACUCAACUUUUUCCAACCACAAUCAACCGUUUUAGUUACCUACAGAGUUAUAGAUGAGAAUACAAUGUCAGUUUGUGUAGUCGAAGUCGAUAAGAAACAAACACCAUCCAUACAAUAUGGAAAUAUUGUGUGGUGUAGAGAUGUUUUAAUGUUUGAUAUUGUACAUCUAUCCAAAACUAUAAAUACUCAAGUUUCAAAUUCAAUUCAACAUUCACAUCAUCUUUAA